CAGCAUCAGCUGCGGCUGAUCAUUAAUAAAUCUCCCCGCUGCGAUCGUCUACCCCUCCCAACACCACAACAUCGAAAAUGUGGCUACUCUACGCCCCCGUGGCCGCUCUGGCAGUCUAUAUCAUCUACCAACGCCUCUUCCACCCACUUGCGAGAAUCCCGGGCCCAUUCUUCGCGAGUAUCACGUCCUUUUGGAUCACCUGGCAGUCCUCGCAUCAGCGACGCCCGCGCUUGGACCUCGAUCUCCACAAACAAUAUGGAAGCGUCGUCCGCAUCUCACCCAAUGAAGUCAUCUUCUCCAACCCGGCAUACUUCAAACAAGUCUACGGAGCAGGCACAAAGUUCACCAAGGGCCCCUUCUACAACGUCUUGCAGGAUGGAACGGAGCCACAAGGCCGGGAGAAAUUGAACAUGCUGGUGGAGACUGAUAUUGAGAAGCUUCGCGUGCAGAAGCGAUAUGCGGGGCCGGUUUAUUCAACGAAUAAUAUCCAGAAACAUGAGCAUCACAUCGAUGAUACUCUCAAACGAAUGAUCAAGAGGUUCAACGGACUGACGGGGCAAGUCGUGGACAUCUAUCAUGAAUGGGAGAUGGCCACUGUGGAUGUCUACUCGGCGGUGACGUUUGGACAGGAGUACGGGGCGGUGGAGAAGGGGACCGACGAUGGGCACAUGGCGGCCAUGGACAAGGUGUGGGAGUGGUGGGGUAUGAUUGGGAAUAUCCCGUGGCUGGAUGAUCUGGAGAAGAGGUAUGCGCGGGUGGCCAUGAAGCUGAUAACGGGCAAUCAGAAUCGGCACAAGAUGCCCGUGUUCGCGUACGCCGUCGGCAAGAUCAUGGAGUACGAUGAAGCAAAGACCAAAGACAAAGAGACGCAGAUGCCACCAUGUAUUCUCAACGACUUGCGUCAACUCAGCCAGAAUCGCCCCGACUUCUUGCCCAACUGGGGCACGAGACUCGCAAUGACCGACCUCGGCGCAGGCGUCGAUACGACGAGUUGGAGCCUCGCGGCGAUGAUCGCUGGCAUCAGCAGCGACAAGGCCGUCGUCGCUCGUCUGCGCGCGGAGCUCGAUGCCGCCAUCCAAGCCGGCACAGUCGGCAAGAAUGUCCCGGUCCCCUACGCGGCGGCGGCAAAGCUCGAGUACCUUCAAGCAUGCAUGGCGGAAGCGAUGAGAAUGUGGCCGAAUAUUGCCAUUGGGCUGCCCCGCGACGUCCCCGCUGAAGGCAUUGUCCUUGAUGGCUACUACAUUCCCGCCGGCUACACCAUCGGCAUGAACUCGAAACAGCUCGGCGUCAGCGAGGAAAUCUUUGGACCAGAUCCGCGGACCUUCCGACCCGAGCGGUGGCUCGAAGCGGACAGGUCUCGCCGCAACGAUAUGGAGCUCAGAAAUCUCGCGUUUGGCGCGCCUUCUCGAAAGUGUCCGGGAAUGCAUCUCGCUUGGGUCGUCAUGUCGAAAAUGCUGGCCAGCUUCUACCUCAAUUUUGACUUGAAGGUCCUGAACGAGUUGGACGGAGCGCCAGGUCCAGGCGGAAGCGUUUGGAGAGAGAAGGGCUCAUUUCCGACAAAGUGGCAUGGUUUGGAGGUCGAACUGACCGAGAGGUUGGACACUUUGUCGCUGUAGAUUGCCGAGUUCAAACACUCACAAACUUUCGGUUGUCUUCCCUACGGUCGCAAAGCAAAGUGGAAUUGCGCGAAUUUGUCGGCAGUCGUGAAGUGUCAUCAUAAAGGCCGAUCUCAGUGGAGCAUCGUAGCUUACCAUUAAAAGCUCUGGGGCUGAGAAUGAAGAUCAAUAUGUGGGUUUCGUCGACAAGAGG